GACGACUGAGACUGAACAUUGUUGUUUUAGUUUAUUAGUGCUCCUGCGCCGCUCGACUAAGCCGGUCGUUGCAAAUAUUUAACAUGAUUCGAAUACUGAGUGUGUUUGUGGUUGUGAUAUUACAAAGAGACUUUGUACUGGCAGAUUGCGGAGUAGUAACGAGAGAGCAAUGGGACGGUCUAAGCCCGACCCGAGUGGAGUACUUGCCGCGGCCUGUCGGUCUGGUCAUCAUCAUGCACACGGUCAGCCCCACGUGCAGCACGGACCAGGGCUGCGCGGAGCAGGUUCGAAACCUGCAGACGUACUUCUUGGACCAGCUCAGCUACUGGGACUUGGGGCCUUCAUUCCUGAUUGGUGGAAACGGCAAAGUGUACGAAGGUCCCGGCUGGCUCCACGUCGGUGCCCACACCUACGGCUACAACAGGAAGUCCGUCGGAAUAGCUUUUAUAGGCAACUUUAACAAUGACAAGCCAACCCCUCAAGCGCUGGCGGCCGCCAAGGCGUUAAUCAAGUGCGGAGUGACCAAGGGACACCUGAAGAGCGAUUACAAACUAGUGGGCGCCCGGCAACUCAUCGCCACGGAGAGCCCGGGCCGCAAGCUGUACCAGGAAAUACGCGGCUGGUCUGAUUGGACCGAUAAUUUGGACGGAAUUAAAAAUAACUGAGAAAAAUCGACGAAUAAACUGUAUUUUUAAUACAAUGUUCAUGUAAACCUACUAAGCUGACGGUGUGUGUCCAAAAUAGCAAAAGUGGAAAUUAUUAUCAGAACGCUUAGCAAGACUUGCAUUUUCCCGCGCGACUCCCUACCUACUUAAAGUCGCCAGGGUAUUACAAAUUUCUAACAAUAUCCCGCCUGCCACCCAGCCGAUAGCCAAGAUGGAUUUGUUAGACCUGUACCCCAAAAGCAUAAAAUUGUUGUAGUAAUUCACCGAAUCGCAUUUCACCUUGAAUGAAAAAGAUAUCACUAGAUUUUUUUACUUGACGCACUUUUUCGUGUAGCUUUUGACAUUAGUAGAAUUAAAUUGUAGUAUUACAUUUUUUGUAUAGUAUGUUACCGUAGACGCAUUUCGCCGUGAUCGACUUUUUCGCGUAGCUUUUGACAUUAGUAUAAUUAAAUUGUAGAAUUAAAUUUAUUGUGUAGUAUGUUACCGUAGACGCAUUUCGCCGCGAUCGAUGUUUGUUUGGGACUCUAAUUAAAUUGAUACGUUAAUUUGAUGCUUGCACUAAAUGAAAUAUUUUUUUUAAAACACGUUUUGUACUUGUAUGAUUAAGCCUUAAGUGCUAUCAAACUCCUUGAAAUAUUAUCUAUGUGACUAAUGAAUAAUAGACAAUACUCUGUCAUUGCGACGUUGAAGUGCGGUGACAUUGAAUUCCGAUAUAAUAUUUAGAGGAAGAAAUAUAUAUUUAGAGAAAAUAUGGAGAAUGAACCUGGAUCUGCUGGUGGUAGACGGGGUAGUUUCGAAUUUAUCGAUAGUUCACAUGGGGGGAAAAUUUUAAUUAGGUCAGGGUACAGACACCGCAUCAAUAGGACGAAUCGCUGUGGGACAUCAGUUUACACGUGUGCAACGAAAUUUUGUAACGGCAAUAUCGUCCUUAAUCCCACUAAAACGGAAAUAGUGCGAGAAUCUCUGCAUACUUGUACGCCGGACUUUGAAAGCAUCGAGGUAGAGAAAUCCAUCGUUAAAUUAAAAACAAAAGUAAUCACCGAUUACAGGCCGGUGCCACAAUUAUUUCAAAAAGCGAUGUCUAAAUUUCGUACACCUGAAUAUGCUGACAAAGUACCAUCAUUUUUUAGCAAGCGUGAUGGACUAUACAGAAAUAAAAAAAGAAAUUCCGUUUUCUGCACAUUUGAAAAUGUAUCGGAUGUGAUCAUCCCGGAGCAUUUAGCUCGUGACUUUCUAUGUCUUCAGACUGAUGAAUGCCUUAUAUUCAUUAGUCCUCCAUGCAAAAAUUACAUAAAAAACGUGGAGACUUUUUUUGCGGAUGGAACGUUUAAGAUAGUACCACACCCAUACGCACAGCUGUACACAUUGUGCGGAGACAUCGGUACAGAUAAGGAUUUUACAAAAGUUGUUCCUUUUGUAUAUGCUCUUUUAACAAAUAAGCAGCAAGUGACAUAUGAAAUAUUGUUUAAUAAAAUAAAAGAAAUCCUACCAGAUUUUAACCCAAAAGUUGUAAAAGCAGACUUUGAAUUAGCUCCAAUUAACGCACUACGAACCAUAUUUCCACAGGUCAAGAUAAGGCUGCUAUUUUCAUUUCGCUAAAAACGUUUGGUUACGUGCCGAAAAAUUAGGCAUAUCACUUAGCAGGGAAGGCAGCCGUUAUGUAAAGAUGUGCCAAGCUGUAGUUCACCUUCCGCAUUCAAAGAUGAACGAAGCCUGGUUUAGCAUUAUUGAACAAGCACCGGCGUUACCAAACAUGGACUUAUUUAACAUUUACAUGGGUGACACUUGGUUUUGCACUGCAAAACUCAGCCUGUUGUCGUGCUAUCAACAGCGGCACAGGACUAAUAAUGUGCUAGAAGGGUGGCACAGCAAAAUCAACAAACUAUUUAAAUCGAAUGCGAACGUACUAUACUUAAUAUCGGUUUUGAAAGACGAAUCUAUGACAGUCGAUUUCAACUUGUUGCGAAAUGAAUUAGAUAAACCGAUAUUUCGUCAACGGGCGAAAAAAUUCACCAUUAUGGAUUCCAAAAUAGACAAUAUAGUAAAAUCUUAUAUGCAGAAUGAACUACCUCUUGAACAGUGCAUAAGUAAACUUGCCAUGUUGAAAUACUAAAUUAAGCAUGUAUGUCUUUACUCCUUAUUAUUUCUUAUUCUUUUUUUCUGUUUUUUGUAAGUUGAACCUCGUUUUCUGUUGUGUAAGUGCGUAGUUUAAGUAGUAACAAAGCAGAUUUGUAUUAGUUUAAGAAGAUAAUUAGGUUUCUUUUAAGGAGUAAUAAAGCAGCUUUGUGUCUUA